AGCAUUUUUGUUGGCUUAAUCGGAUUUUUUGUUUUUUCGGCGCAUCGCGGGGCGUGCCGCUCGAUGGUUGCCAGGCCCGCGCCGGGCCGUGCGAGCGUUCACCCGAGAAGUGAUCUCUCGCGGCGGCGGAGCCUCGCACUGGCGCUCUCGGCCGCAGGCGCACUGGCCGCCUGCCGCGGGGCGCCCGCGUGGCUGCUGGCACGCCCCGCCACGAGGGCGCCCAGUGGCGGUCAGGGUCGGGCGCCGCUGGGCGGGUCGACAGUGACAGCAUCUGCGUCGGCCGCCGGCAGGUCCUGGCGCACAGCGCUGCGGUCCAGCUGGCUAAGCUGCUCGAAGACCAGGUAGGCCUGCCAAAGCCAGUGGCCGCAACGCCACCGAUCCCGGGCGUGCCCCUGGACGCAGCACUGGUCCGGGGCGAGAUGCGCGCCUACACGCUGGAAGAGAAGGCGAUAUCGGUGGGCGGCGAGGACUUCGACGUCAAGGACCCCGACACUGGAGAGGUCAUCCUGAAGAUUGGCGGGGGAAACCGAGUCCCAAUCCCAGGGAUGCCCGUGUGGGACAAGCUGACGAUCUCCACGCCUUCGGGGGCAAACGUGGCGUUCCUGGACAGGCAGGCUUUCGCCCUGACUACCUCGUACGACCUCCAGCGGCCGGACGGCUCGAAGUUCGGCAGAAUCGCCAAAGCCAUGGUGGCGCUCACUCCAACUUUUGAGCUCUGGCAGGAAGGCGACGGGCAGCCAGGGCCGCUGCUGCGCGCGGAGGGGUCCUUCAGUGAGAAGAGCUACACGCUGAAGAGCCACAGCGGUGACGUGGUGGCCACCGUGGCUCGGCUCCCAGGCUUCAGCGGCGGCAACGUCGACACGUACACUGUGGUGGUCGGGCCACAGGUGGACGCCAGCCUCGCACUCGCGAUGGCCGUGGUCAUCGACGAGGCCCACGACGAGGAGAACCCAAGCGCUGUGGGCGGCGAGGGGCUCAAGGAUAUGCUCGAGGACGCGCAGGGCCUCCCACUGCCAGUUGCAUCCUCGCCACCCGUUCCCUCGCACGUUCCCCCGCUGGACGCGGCCCUGGUCCACGGCACGACCACCGCCUAUGAGCUGGAGGAGAAGGCUCUCAGCAUGACCGGGGAGGACUUUGAGGUGAAGAGUCCCGCCGGCGAGCUGGUCCUCAAGAUCAGCGGUGGUGACCGCCUCCCCGUCCGUGGCAUGCCCGUCUGGGACAAGCUGGAGGUCUCGACUGCCGCAGGCACGAAGUUGGCGACUCUGGACCGCGAGAUGAUCGCAAUGACACCGACUUACGACGUCUACAGGCCAGACGGAUCGAGAUUCGGCAAGAUCAAUAAGGGCAUGUUUGGCUUCAGCGAGUUCUUCGAGUUUUUCUUAGAGGGCCAGGCAAGCGCUGCGCUGAGGGCCGAGGGUACGUUUAGCGAACGAAAGUACACGUUCAAGAACCCCUCCGGCGCCGUUGUUGCAGCUGUAGGCCGUGGCUACUACCAGAGUGACAGCGAGAACAGGUACCACUGCAUCGUGGGCCCCCAGGUUGACGCUGCCAUGGUCCUGGCCAUGGCGGUGGUCAUCGACGAGGUGCACGACGAAGAACACCAGAGAGAGAAGGACGAGGGCGGUGGCUUCCCAUUCCGCUGAGGAACUCGCUCUCUCUCUCUCUCUCUUUCUCUAUUUCUCGCUCUCUCGUUCUCUCGCUCGCCCGCUCUUUGCCCCAACGUCCCUCCUCUCCUCCCCUUGUCUCUCUCCAUUCUUCCCGCUGCGCUUCCUGCACCUGAGGAGGACAGAUAGUUGCGCAUCGCCGCCACUCCUCAGCAGAAAAGCGCGCGUCCUCGAGCCUAUGACCCUGUGAGACGGCGCAUCCCUCCGCGAAGCGGGGGCCGGCGGAAUUUCCAGAGGGCGUGAGCCACGUGAUUCGGCAGCCGACCGCGUGGCCUCCACUCCGCUUGAAUGCAGGUCGAAUUAGCGAGGCCGAAGGCCACCUGCUACAGCGUCGCCCGUCGAACCCCUCGUGAUCUCCAUCGUCGGCCCUUGGACGGGCCUCCUGGGCCACGAGUCCUCCUCCUCCUCCUCCUCCUCCUCCUCCUCCUCCU